AUGCAGGACCUGGUUAGGAUGCGCCACGCCUGUAACGGCAACUCUGUAGGGGACUCUAUAGGACCACAUGCUCUCCUGCUCAUCAUUGAGUCAGACAUGCCAUUCACAGAGAAACACAGGAAAUCAAUGGAGGACCAUCUAGAAAUCCUAGGUGGUGGGGUCUGGGCAUACAGCAUAGUGUUGUUCACCAAAGAAAGCUGUUUAAGAUACAGAAACAUCGAAGAACACAUAGAAAAUGAAGGGGAAGCACUUCAGUGGCUCAUACAGAAAUGUGAGGGCAGGUAUCAUGUCUUUGAAAAUGAGAAUCAGAACAAUGACACCCAGGUCACAGAACUACUGGAGAAGAUACAGGGAGUGAUUGACAAAAAUGGUGGAGGAUGUUUUCAGAUUGAUCAGGAAAUUCUGAAACCUGCUGUAGGAAAGAGGGAAAUUGCUGUGGAAAAAUCAAUCGUAAGACAAAUAAAGGAAAAGGAACAAAGGGAACUGAAUCAAAAAGAGUUGAGCAUUGCACUGCUGGGCUGGGUUAUCGCUGGGAAAAGUUCAGCUGCAAAUAUCAUCCUGAAUACUGAUGAGUUUGUGACAGGAAGAAGAACCAUGAAAUGUCACAGAGCAUCUGGUGAAGUCUCUGGAAGGAAGGUCACCGUGUUGGACACACCCAGCUGGUGGAAGUUCCUUCCAAGCUACUGCACUCCAGAGUGGGUCAAGUCUGAAAUUUUACAGGGGGUGACCAACAGUCCUGAACCCCCUAAUGCAAUUCUUCUGGUGAUUCCUGGAGACACACCAUUCAAGGAAGAACAAAGGAGGAUCAUUCAGGGGAACAUGGAGAUGUUUGGAGAAAGUGUCUGGAGACACACUCUGGUGCUCUUCACAUGGAGUGAUAUGCUUGGAGAUAUGCCCAUAGAACAGCACAUUGAGAGUGAAGGCAAAGCCCUGCAGUGGGUGGUGAAUAAAUGUGGAAACAGAUAUCACACAUUUGACAACAUGAAUAAGAGAAAUCGCAGUCAAGUCACAGAGCUGCUGGAGAAGAUUGAGGAGAUGGUGGAGAGAAAUGGUUCAUUUCAUUUCAGCACAGAGAUAGAUGCUGAAGUGUAUGAUACUGACAAAGACAGUGACAAGGAGAUCAACAGCCAGACAGAAAUAUGUGGAGAUGAAACCAAUCUAAAGGACUUGGUCAGACUACUGGAUGAGGAAUGGAACAGGAGGGAUGAUGAAUUUCUGAAGAAACUGGCAAAGAUAUGGAGAGAAAAUAAUCUCAUUGGAAGCUUGAUCAGGAAAGGGAAUUGGAGCAUGGACAAAGAAAUCUAUUAUUUGAGGGUUGUGCUGUUUGGAGGGAGGUUAUCUGGUAAAAGUUCUGUGAUCAACGCUGUGUGUGGAGAAAACAUCAUCAACACUUACAGCAGAACUGGCCAAUGCCGUGAAUAUCAAAGGACAGUCAAUGGAACAGAGAUGACUCUGGUGGAUACUCCAGGCUGGUGGAAACAUUUCCCUUUAAAGGACACUGCUGAAUGUCUGAGACAGGAACUUGUCCACAGUGUCACUCUGUGUCCUCCAGGACCACAUGCUCUCCUGCUUGUCAUUGAGUUGGACAUUCCAUUCACAGAGAAACACAGGAAAUCAAUGGAGGACCAUCUAGAGCUCCUGGGUGGUGGGGUCUGGGCAUAUACCAUGAUAUUGUUCACCAAAGAAAGCUAUUUAAAAUCCAGAAACAUCGAAGAACACAUAGAAAAUGAAGGGGAAGCACUUCAGUGGCUCAUACAGAAAUGUGAGGGCAGGUAUCAUGUCUUUGAAAACAAGAGCCAGAACAAUGACACCCAGGUCACAGAACUACUGGAGAAGAUACAGGGAUUGAGAGUUACACUGCUGGGCUGGGUUGCUGGUGGAAAGAGUUCAGCUGCUAAUAUCAUCCUGAAUACUGAUGAGUUUGUGACGGGCAGAAGAACCAUGAAAUGUCACAGAGCAUCUGGUGAAGUCUCUGGAAGGAAGGUCACCGUGUUGGACACACCCAGCUGGUGGAAGUUCCUUCCAAGCUACUGCACUCCAGAGUGGGUCAAGUCCGAAAUUUUACAGUGGGUGACCAAGAGUCCUGAACCCCCUAAUGCAAUUCUUCUGGUGAUUCCUGGAGACACAUCAUUCAAGGAAGAACAAAGGAGGAUCAUUCAGGAGAACAUGGAGAUGUUUGGAGAAAGUGUCUGGAAACACACUAUUGUGCUCUUCACAUGGAGUGAUAUGCUUGGAGAUAUGCCCAUAGAACAGCACAUUGAGAGUGAAGGCAAAGCCCUGCAGUGGGUGGUGAAUAAAUGUGGAAACAGAUAUCAUGUAUUUGACAACAUGAAUAAGAGUGAUCGCAGUCAAGUCACAGAUCUGCUGGAGAAGAUUGAGGAGAUGGCCUGUAAUAAACUCUAA